AUGCACUGUACUAGUUACUUUGCUAUAAGCUUCUUUUCUGAACAAGAGCUCCGGAAAGUUGAAGAUGGAGACCAAUACAGUGCCUUGUCUGAACUCGAUGCUGAGGGCCUAAAGGAAAAGAAGAAAGACCAGGGCAAGAACUGCAGUACACUAGUGUACUCUGUCACUGACAUUCCACCAUGGUACCUCUGCAUCAUGCUAGGGAUUCAGCACUACCUGACAGCUCUGGGUGGUCUUGUAGCCAUCCCUCUGAUCCUGUCCAAAGAGCUUUGCCUGCAGCACGACCCCCUGACCCAGGGUCACCUGAUCAGCACCAUCUUCUUUGUCUCAGGAAUUUGUACCCUCCUUCAAGUCCUCUUUGGAGUCAGGUUGCCCAUUCUCCAAGGAGGGACUUUUGCGUUCUUGACUCCUACCCUUGCCAUGCUCUCCCUCCCUAACUGGAGAUGCCCUGCGUGGACGCAGAAUGCCAGCCAGGUGAAUGCUACUUCACCGGAGUUCAUCGAAGUCUGGCAGUCGAGGAUGCGAGAGCUGCAGGGAGCCAUCAUGGUCGCUUCCUGUUUCCAAAUCUUUGUUGGAUUUUCUGGCCUGAUUGGAUUUCUGAUGCGAUUCAUCGGUCCUUUGACCAUCGCCCCAACCAUAACCUUGGUUGCGCUGCCUCUCUUCAACUCUGCAGGAGAUGAGGCUGGCUCACACUGGGGCAUAUCAGCCAUGACCAUUUUCUUCAUAGUUCUGUUCUCUCAGUACCUGAAAAAUGUGCCUGUGCCACUGCCAUCUUACCAAGGAUCCAGGAAGUGCCACUUCUCUAAGGUCUACCUCUUCCAGAUCUUCCCCGUUCUUCUUGGCCUCGCCAUUACUUGGCUGAUAUGUUUUGCACUCACUGUUUCCAAUGCCUUCCCCUCGGACUCUGCAGUUUAUGGCUAUCUGGCUCGGACUGACAUCAAAGGAGAUGUUCUGUCCCAAGCACCCUGGUUCCGGUUCCCAUACCCAGGCCAAUGGGGAGUUCCAACAAUCAGUUUGGCUGGGAUAUUUGGCAUCAUAGCUGGAGUGAUUUCCUCUAUGGUGGAGUCGGUAGGCGAUUACUAUGCCUGCGCCCGACUGUCUGGUGCCCCGCCCCCUCCGAAGCAUGCUAUCAACCGUGGAAUUGGAGUUGAGGGAAUUGGCUGUCUUCUGGCUGGGGCGUGGGGAACAGGGAAUGGCACCACUUCUUACAGUGAGAACGUUGGAGCGCUGGGAAUCACCCGGGUAGGAAGUAGAAUAGUGAUCGUUGCUGGUGGCUGCGUGUUGCUUGUGAUAGGCAUGUUUGGGAAGAUCGGCGCUGUGUUUGCCAGCAUACCAACACCCCUGAUUGGAGGACUGCUCCUUGUGAUGUUUGGAAUCAUCACUGCUGUGGGAGUUUCCAAUUUGCAGUAUGUGGACAUGAACUCCUCAAGAAACCUGUUUAUCUUUGGAUUUUCUAUAUAUGCGGGUCUGGCAAUUCCCAACUGGGUAAACAAAAAUUCUCAAGUGCUAGAAACAGGAAUUCUCCAGCUAGACCAAGUGAUCCGAGUGCUCCUCACCACUGGCAUGUUUGUGGGUGGAUUCCUGGCGUUUAUCCUUGAUAACACGAUUCCAGGAAGCCAGGAAGAGCGAGGACUCUUAGCAUGGAAAGAGACCUGCCAGGAGGAGUGUGAUGAGGCGCGCGUUUUGGAAGUCUACGGUCUUCCAUUUGGGAUAGGCACCAAGUUCUGCACCUCUUCUUGGGUUCAGCACCUCCCAACUUGCCCCAAAAGGCUAUCUGGAUCCAAGAGAAAGGAAGAACCAAAGAGCCUCAAACAGGAAAACAGUUUCAAAAUAAGCUCAGAAAGAGAACCAGAGCUAGACAUUGAUACAAAGAUAUAAGCCCAUGGUUAGGAGGUGGACUCAUUUGCAAAGCACGUGCCAUGAAAACCAUGUUUACAGACAACCUGAUAGAGGUUGGAACAGGAGAAUAGGUGAUAAAACUUGUUUUCUAUUCCCUGCUCUGCCACUGACUCCUUAUGUGACCUUGAGUAAGUACCUCACCUCUUUCUGCCUCCAUUUAUCAAGAUGUAGCAAAAAAUAUACUGACUGGGGAACAGCCUGGCCAGAGGCCAUCAGCACUUAUGAAGGAGCUUGUUCCCCCCACCCCCCCACACACACCAGGGCCACCCAGAGGAUUCAG